AUGACUAACGUGUUUUCAUACAACGGUGGGUGUGUCUGCGCGAUGGCGGGCGAAGAAUGUAUUGCGAUCGCAUCGGACAAACGACUCGGCGCAAACUUCUAUACCACGGUUAACUUCAGCCGGCAGAAGUGUUUUGCAAUCACGCCGAAGGUCUAUUUCCUGUGCUGCGGGCUGCAGAGUCACGCAGAGUUGCUGUACCGGCAGUUGCGCCAAGAAGUGAAUCUGCUGCAGAUAACGGAGGAGCGCGAGAUCGAGCCGGCGCAGGUGGCGAGCUUGCUUGGCAACAUUCUGUACGCGAAGCGCUUCCAACCUUUCUACGUCUCGCCAAUAGUUGCGGGACUGACUGCGUGUGGCAAGCCGUACUUGUGCGAAUUCGACUUGAUCGGCACGCCUGAGGUCGCGACAGAAUUUUCGACUGCCGGUUCCGCAGAUCUGCAGAUCUCUGGCGCGUGCGAGCUGUUCUACCGCCCGGGGCUAUCAGCGGAAGAGUUGUUCAGUGUGGCGGCGAACUGUUUGAUUGCCGCGUCGGAGCGCGAUUGCUGCUCUGGCUGGGGUGGCGUGGUGUACGUCGUCUCGCCCGACAAAGUGGUGGAGCGGCACAUUGAAACACGUAUGGACUAA